ACCCCACGCAAGUUUGCUUCCCAAAAACAUUUUCUCACAACAUUUCUUCCUUCUCUCUCACAAACACACACUUCUCUUAUGCUAUGAAACUUGCAUUUUCACCAACUACUUCUACUACCCACAACCAAUUGCAUUUUUCUUUCCUUAAACGACGGCGUUUACCCUCCAGAAGAUCCUCCAUGUUCACUCUCAUGGCUGCUGCCUCUACCUCCACCACUUCCACUACUGCUCCCACCUUCCACCACCGCCGUAAAAGGGACAAGAUCAUCGUUAUCAUGGGCGCCACCGGCACCGGAAAAUCUCGUCUUUCCAUUGAUCUCGCCACCAGGUAUUUUCCCUCAGAAAUCAUCAACUCUGAUAAAAUGCAAGCCUACAAGGGUCUUGAUAUCACCACCAACAAGAUUUCUCCGCAUGAACGUCAAAACAUUCCCCACCACUUUCUCGGCGAGUUCGACUCGCAGGAUGGCGAGUUGACUCCCCUCGAGUUCCGCCACCUCGCUCACUUAACCAUCUCCGAUAUUAUCUCCCGUAAGAAAACACCCUUCAUCGUCGGCGGCUCCAACUCCUUCAUAUAUUCAUUACUCGUAGAAGAGUACAACCCAAAGCUGGAUGCUUUCGAAACUUUCAACUCGGUGAGUUCGAGCUUGAGAUAUAACUGUUGUUUUCUCUGGGUUGACUCGUCAUUACCUGUUUUGUAUGAAUAUCUAGACAAGAGAGUUGAUGAAAUGUUUGAGACGGGGAUGUUCGAGGAGUUACAGGAGUAUUUUCGCGAGUCAGAAGAGUUGAAAUACUGCUUUAACUCAGUCAGGCGUACCGGAUUAAGGAAGGCCAUCGGAUUGCCGGAGUUUGAGAAGUAUUUCAGGGAGCACACGGCGGAGAAAGCAGAGAGCUUGAAGGGUAGACUAAGGUGGGAUCAAGUGCGGCGAGGCGUAUACGAGGAAGCAAUAAGGGAGAUAAAAGAGAACACACGUCAGCUAGUGAAGAGGCAGAUAGGGAAAAUAAAGAAACUGAGAGAUGGAGGAUGGGACCUACGGCGGUUGGACGCGACGGCGGCGUUCACGGCGUUGAUGACGUGUACAAAGAAGGAAGAAUGGAGAAGUGUUUGGGAGGAAGGGAUAUUAGAAGAAAGCAAGAAGAUUGUGGAGAGGUUCUUGUUGGAGGAAGGGUCAGUUAAUAAAAUUGAUUGGGGUUGAAAUUUUCAAUCUGAAUAUUAUGCAUAGAGUUAAUAUGAAUUUUGAUAGGAAAUAGAAAGCAAACAGAGCUGUAAUUUUUGGAAGUUAUUUUGGCGU